GCCUCAGCAGCCUCCGUAGCGGGCUGCUCACCGACACACGGGCUCUACGUAUGAGCCGUCACGGUGCAGACAGGGGUUGUAAACAUGGCGGCGGACGGGAUGGUGCUCACCAACCACGACCAUCAGACCCGUGUAGGGAUUCUGACGGUCAGUGACAGCUGUUUUAAGAACCUGGCUGAGGACAGGAGUGGAGUCAACCUGAAGGACCUGGUCCACGACCCCUCACUACUUGGAGGGGUCAUAUCAGCCUACAAAGUAGUUCCAGAUGAAAUUGAAGAAAUCAAGGACACUCUUUUGGAGUGGUGUGAUGAGCAGGAGCUGAAUCUUAUUCUCACCACCGGAGGAACUGGAUUUGCACCACGAGAUGUUACCCCAGAGGCUACCAGAGAGGUGAUCGAGCGAGAGGCCCCGGGUAUGGCUCUGGCCAUGCUGAUGGGAUCACUCAACGUUACGCCUCUCGGCAUGCUCUCCAGACCUGUUUGCGGUAUUCGUGGUAAAACUCUGAUCAUCAACCUUCCGGGCAGCAAGAAAGGCUCGCAGGAGUGUUUCCAGUUCAUUCUGCCUGCUCUGCCGCACGCCAUCGACCUGCUGCGUGAGGCCGCUGUCAGGAUCAAGUCUGCGCACGCCGCCCUGGAGCAGCUUCCCUCGCCAUCCUCGCUGCUGACCAAUAUGCACGCCAACACCAACGCCAAUACGCACACUAUGGAGCGUGGCACCCAGUGUGAGGAAGAGGACGAGGAGGAGGAGGACAGGAGGAGGGAGCGGCACAACCACCACCACCACCACCACCAUCAUGGCUCCUCCCACAUCACCGCGGCAGCUAUCGCCGCCAAGACGAGCCAUGCUGCAGUCAUGGCUAAAGGAACCCCCUACCUGCCUGGAAACACACCCACCCCUCCCGCUCAUUUCACCUGUACUCAUGAGCAUCAGAUCCCAGACUCGAUCAUUUCUCGAGGCGUUCAGGUGCUUCCUCGAGAUUCGGCCUCUUUAAGCUCCACCCCCUCUGAGUCACCGCGGGCAACACAGGCAACGUCCCGCCUUUCCACCGCUUCAUGCCCGACACCUAAGGUUCAGUCACGCUGCGGCAGCAAUGAGAACAUCCUGAGAGCCAGCCACAGCGCAGUCGACAUCAGGAAAGUGGCGCGCCGUCAUCGCAUGUCGCCCUUCCCGCUGACGUCCAUGGACAAAGCUUUCAUCACUGUUCUGGAGAUGACGCCUAUUCUGGGAAUCGAAGUCAUUAACUACAGAGACGGGUUGGGUCGGGUGCUCGCUCAGGACAUCUAUGCCAAAGACAACCUUCCUCCGUUUCCCGCCUCCGUUAAGGACGGCUACGCCGUUCGAGCUGCUGAUGGCCCCGGAGAUCGUUUCAUUGUGGGGGAGUCGCAGGCUGGACAACAGCCGACCCACACGGUGAUGCCGGGUCAGGUGAUGAGGGUGACGACUGGCGCUCCGAUCCCCUGCGGAGCCGACGCCGUGGUCCAGGUAGAAGAUACGGAGCUGCUGAGAGAAUCUGAGGAUGGCACAGAGGAGCUGGAGGUGAGGAUUAUGGUCCAGGCUCGACCCGGACAGGACAUCAGGCCGAUCGGUCACGACAUCCGGCGGGGGGAGUGUGUGUUGGCUAAAGGGACACACAUGGGCCCAUCUGAGAUUGGCCUGCUGGCCACGGUGGGAGUGACGGAGGUCAGCGUGCACAAGUUCCCCAUGGUGGCCGUCAUGUCCACUGGAAACGAGCUGUUGAAUCCAGAGGAUGAUCUCCAUCCUGGGAAGAUCCGAGACUCGAACCGCUCCACUCUUCUGGCUACCAUCCAGGAGCACGGGUACCCCACCAUCAACCUCGGCAUCGUUGGAGACAACCCUGACGACCUGCUGUCUGCGCUACAUGAGGGAAUCAGCCGCGCUGAUGUCAUCAUCACCUCAGGGGGCGUGUCCAUGGGAGAGAAGGACUACCUGAAGCAGGUGCUGGAUAUCGAUCUUCACGCCCAGAUCCACUUUGGGCGAGUUUUUAUGAAGCCAGGGCUUCCCACCACCUUCGCCACAGUCGACAUCGAUGGAACACGGAAACUCAUCUUCGCUCUGCCAGGUAACCCCGUGUCUGCAGUGGUGACGUGUAACCUGUUUGUGAUUCCUGCUCUGAGGAAGAUGCAAGGCAUUCUGGACCCUAGACCAACUAUUAUUAAAGCUCGGCUGUCCUGUGACGUGAAGCUGGAUCCCAGACCAGAGUACCAUCGCUGUAUCCUCACCUGGCAUCAUCAGGAACCUCUGCCCUGGGCACAGAGCACAGGAAACCAGGUGUCCAGCCGGCUCAUGUCGAUGCGUAGCGCCAACGGCCUCCUCAUGUUGCCCCCGAAGACGGAGCAGUACGUCGAGUUGCACAAGGGCGAGGUCGUGGACGUCAUGGUCAUCGGUCGGCUAUGAUGCAGACCUCCCGCGUUACCCGCUACCGGUUACCGUGGCAACACCAGGAUUUCUUGUCUGGAUAGGAAACAGGUGGGGAGGGGCAGGAAGCGAUGCAUGUCUAUCUGGUCGCCAUUAGCUGUGAUGUCAUAUGCAACAGCCAAUCGGAGCCAGCGCAGGCUGAAUCCUCACUGCUCUGCUCUGAGGAGAUCACUGUACUUCAACAGAGAAAAAAAUGUGAAAAAAUAUAUAAAAAGAGAUUUAUUCUGUAAUAUUAUCCUUAUAAUAAUUAAUAUUCUUAAUUAAUAUUCUAUUUAUUAUUAAUAUCAUGGUUCUGGUUGAAUAUUCCCAUCUUAGUAGUACUCCAGCCCUCUUCUCUCCUGUUCAUUUGCUUUGUGAGUUUAUCCCUGGUAGCUUAUAAAGAAAUAGAGACUU